AUGGAAACUUGGUUUUGGAUUCUUGGCUGGUCUCUCUCCAUUCUGACCAUAAGUGGAAAUGGAUCUAUUAUCUUCCUUGUUUGCAGCAGACGGCGGCUCCGAACCAAAACCAACGCGUUCAUCGUUUCUCUUGCAGUGGCAGAUUUCUUUGUUGGAUUGAGCACUGUACCUUCAUUGUUCUUCUGCCAGAAAGAAGGCGAUUGUAACGGGUUAUCUAACGACUUGAGGAACUUAUUCCCAUACGCCUCAGUGGUAAACCUGUGCACUUUAGUCCUGGAGCGUUAUGUCGCCGUUGUAAUGCCUUUCAAAUAUUUGACUUUUAUGAAGCGUCGCCGCGUUUUCCUGGUGAUUUUCAUCUCUUGGGUGAUUCCAGUUAUUACUGCUUUGGCUUUUUUCAAAAUGGAUCGGCUUUGUCCGGGCCAAUGUUUACUAUAUGACAUAAUUAUUUCGAUGAACAUAUUUUUUUUGGCGUUUCUACCAUGCUGUGGACUGAUCUUUUGCUUCGCUUCAAUGUUACUUGUUGUUUACAAGCACGAACGAGCAGCUCGUGUCUUAGCAAAGCAGCUCCACUUUAAUCAUCGAUUUCUGUUCAAAAUCCAGGAGAAAUCUGCAGUUAAAAUGAUGGCAAUUGUUAUAGGAGUUUUCCUUCUGGCGAACACAUUUGCUUUACGAUGUGGUUAUAUAUUAUUAUUUAAAACAGGAAAAACAUGUGAUGAUGAAGAAUAUAAAAUACCCCUCCUUAUUUUAAACUCUGCUAUUAACCCCAUUGCGUACGCCUUCUUCAAGCGGGAUAUAAAGAAGGAGAUGACAAAACGUAUUUUCUGCCUCAUCUAGAUAAAGUAAUUCAACUUUUUCAGCUAAUCCAAGAAAUCUGCAAAAUUCGUUUUUAAGCUUUCAUUAAUGGCUUGUCAAUAGGCGUUGAUAAUUAAGGAACAAAAUAAAAUUGUAUUCCAAGACCACCUCUAAAAUGAAGCCGCCUUUGUUCUCCAAUUUGUUCAGUUCACACCUCAGUGAUCUUUUCAUCUCUGUUUUCCUUUCCUUUCUGGUUUACCUCAUUCGAGUUUGUUUACCGGUUAUUUUUAGGUUCGUGUGUAUCUUAAAGGUACCCUUUAAAUUUCUUUACCGCACAAGCGUGUGUUGCGAACAGUUUGAAGUGUGCAAGAACGCGAUAUAGGUGGUAAUAAUCGCCAUACUGCUUUUUUACCCGCGAAACCAAUCAGAACGUGAGACUGUGAACAUUUGCACCAUCCGCAUCAACGACACCUUCAGUGUUGAGACAGUCUUGGCGCCCAUGCUGUGCAUAAGCGAGAUAUGGAAAAGUAAGCCAAAAAUAGAGGUUGCAGCUAAUGUUCUAGGCUUUCCCUUACUUAAGAAAGUUGACGUCACUUGGCUGGAAGGUGAAAGAAGGAAAAUGCGUCAUAUGGAACUAAAAAGUACGACGUAGUGUGGGCAUUUGAAAGUCACAACUUUCAAUCUUUUGAACGUGGCGUGACAAAAUAGAAUACGUGUUUAUUCGCUCGCUUAUGGUUGGGACGCAUCCCAAAAAAUAGAAAUAUAAUUGACAACGUUUAGAAUAAAAAGGCUAAAGAAAUCAUGUAUGUGUAUUCAUUGCUUGGAAAAUAUAAGUGGUUAGCUACUGUAGAGCUCUCUCCCGAGUUCCAUCUAUGGCAAGAAGCGCUUCAUAUUUCAUUGCUGAAUGAAAUGUAUGUGUGAGAAAUGUCAUCUAAAGGAAAUACAGCGUAAACCGAAAACACCGUCAAACCGGGAUUGUAUCUUUAUUAUUUUGCUCAAGAUUUGUCCUUCGAAACAAAACUUCAGUCGCAUUUAUUUGGAAAGUAGCAUGUUUUCCAAUUUUCCAAUUUUGCAAAUGUUUUGCAUAAACAAUAAUCUUUAAUAUGGUGAGAAAAUAAAAGCAUUCCGAAAAGGUCGAGUUAGCCUCCGAUACCGCCUCAAUAACUGCUAGUUUUCCUUUCGUUAUCAUUAAGUUAGAGAAAAUAUAGGAAAGGGGAGUGGGAGGGGGGGAGGGGAAAGUUUGGUGUUAGGUGCAAUUUUUAACCAAUGUAAAUGGCAGCUGAUUUUAACACCAACUCGACCACAGUAUUCUGGCUAAUUUAGUGUUAUGCCAAAUCGUUUAAAGAAAUUCGUUGAAUAGAAGAUAGAUGUGAUGCAACUUCAACGCGUUUAGUUUAACGACAGGCAAAAUUGUGCUCCUAUUGGGUUUUCUCAUGCUUCGUCUUCCUCUAAAAAAAAGAGAUGUUAUUCACGCGACACUAUGACGAUAGGCUUCAGUAUAUUUUAGUCCGCUGUCGUCAUUGAUCCUAAAGUUACGACGAACCUUGCAAAUCAUGCCUUAAGCAUAUAACAACUACUAAUUGAGCCGUGAAAAAUUUUGCUGCCUGAGUGACAAGUGCAUAAAGCCCUGGUCAAACGCAAUAUCUUGCAACAUUGUUGCGCGUAACGUGUUGCACAAGUUUGGCCACUCCGUAGCAAAAUGUUGCAACACGUUGGAUCAAGUUUGAAAAUAGUCAAAUUUUUGUAUGUUACAAGAUGUCUCGCGCGUUUGGUCAGCUCCUACACAACAUCUCUCAACUAGAUUUAACAAUGUUGCAAGAUGUUGCGUUGAAAUGUUGCUUGAGUUUUGCUGGCUUAACUCUUCCUGCUAUUUUUAGCUUUAAAUUUGUUAUUUUUCAGGUGCCUGAAGAGAAGCUGUUUCAAAUUCUCUUUGAAAUUCACCCUUACACCCACAGCUUCACUUUUUUUGCCAUUCCCCAAUAACUGAUGGUUUAUUCAGCCUUGCACCUUUGAAAUUAUUCACGUGUUAAAUGAGUAGAGCUCAUGAAUGAGUAGAAAUCAUCAGUAAAUGAUUAUAUCAUUAGCCCAAGCUGGCAUCAAUAAAAAAAUUCAAAGGUGUAGUUUUGCAUAUAAUAAAGUGGGAGGAAAAAAACAGGAACAGCAGGGAUUAAAAAAAUACUAAGUUUAUUGCGCGUUUAUCCACUUUCAUUUCAUUUGAUACAAGUCGGUCAUUCUUCAAUCGAUCACAUCCUUUAUCUCAAAACGAUAUUUGUUAAGCUAUAAAGCUUGUGGGGUCGCUAAGUCUUACAUCAAUUUUUCCUCACAGUUUGUCGAUAGUUUACCUAGCUGUGUAAAAUCAAACUUAGUUUAAAAAAUGGAUACCUGGUUCUGGAUUCUUGGCCGGUCUCUUACGAUUGUGACCGUAACUGGAAAUGGAUUUAUCAUUUUCCUUGUUUGCAGAACUCGGCGGCUUCGGACCAAAACCAACGCAUUUUUCGUUUCACUUGCUGUGGCGGAUUUCUGUGUUGGGCUGAGUGCUGUUCCCUCACUUUUUGUCUGCGAGAAGACAACUGGAUGCGAUCCUUAAGCCCCUUUUGCCAACAGUGUGGAUUAUCUAAGAUGGCUGUUUACGUACGCGUCCAUAACAAACGUAUGUAGUUUAGUCCUGGAUCGCUACAUUGCUGUUGUGAAGCCUCUCAAAUAG